AGCCUGUUACAGAAAAUGAUCAAUCCCUGAACGAGGCAGGAGGGUCACUUGAUACCGUCUCCCUCUCGGCGGCUGACGGACGGAGAGAUGCUCACUGCUGACCAGAUGACUUUCCUGGCUGUGCGUCACGUGCAGCGCGUAGAAUAAAUUACCCGAUAGUUUAUUUCGCUGUUUUUGGCGUCUGCACACAUUCACUGACUGACUGACAGACUGAGCCGCGGGACGUUCCCCUCCAAAAAUCCCAGCGAAGUAACCGGAUCCGCGCUAUUCAUGAAUGAGUCUCCUCUUAUUUCAAGAAUGAUGUGAAGACGACUCAAGGAGGACGAGACCGCACUUCACCUCAACUCUUCUGACACAGUCCUGCUCCGUGGUGACGCACGAUCCCAGGUGUUUUGUCCGAGCUUGGUACUUUUUGGAGCCCAGUGGGGAUGGGAACGUGCUUGUAUCAAGGAUGGACUCACUACGGCCUCACUAAAGGUCACCGUCCUCUAAAGGUCAUGUCAUGGCCCCUGGCACUGUGGCUUUUGACUCUGAUCUCUGUGAAUCAAAAGACGACUGUGGGACAGACUCUGAACAGCUUCCAGUCAGAGCGGAGGGAGUGGUCGCUCAACCACCUGACUGUGCAUCAGUCCACCGGAGCUCUGUACGUCGGAGCCGUCAACCGAAUCUACAAGUUGUCGGCGAAUCUCACCCUGCUGGUGUCCCAUGAUACGGGGCCAGAGUAUGACAACAAAGCAUGUUAUCCUCCUCUGAUUGUCCAGCCCUGUUCUGAGCCGCUUGCCUCAACUGACAAUGUUAACAAAUUGCUGCUCAUCGAUUACUCUCACAACCGUCUGCUGGCCUGCGGGAGUCUCUACCAGGGCGUCUGCAAGCUGAUGAGACUCGAUGAUUUGUUCAUCCUGGUGGAGCCCACGCACAAGAAAGAACACUACCUGUCCAGCGACAACCAGACAGGGACGAUGUACGGGGUCGUUGUGCCCUCACAGGGCCAGGAUGCAACUCUGUAUGUCGGCACGGCCGUCGGUGGCAAACAGGACUACUUCCCGACCAUCUCCAGCCGCAAGCUGCCUCGCGACCCAGAAUCCUCCGCCAUGCUGGACUACGAGCUUCACACCGACUUUGUUUCCUCUCUGAUUAAAAUCCCCUCAGACACGCUGGCUCUCGUCCCGCACUUUGACAUCUACUACAUCUACGGCUUCGCCAGCGGCAACUUCGUCUACUUUAUGACCGUCCAGCCGGAGACGCCUGAGAACGGGAUGCCCGCUGGCGGCUCCCCUGGCGACCUGUUUUACACCUCCCGCAUCAUCCGCCUCUGCAAAGGUGACAAGAAGUUCCACUCAUAUGUGUCGCUUCCUGUGGGGUGCGUGCACAAAGGCGAGGAGUACCGGCUCCUGCAGGCUGCUUACAUUUCCAAGGCCGGCAGGGUUCUGGCGAAGUCGCUCAACAUCAGCGCCCACGAGGACGUGCUCUUUGCCGUCUUCUCCAAGGGACAGAAGCAGUGCCACGACCCUCCAGAUCACUCCGCUCUCUGUGUCUUCACCAUCCAAGACAUCAACGCACGCAUCAAGGAGAGGCUGCAGUCCUGCUACCAGGGGGAGGGAAACCUGGAGCUGCACUGGCUGCUGGGGAAGGACGUGCAGUGCACCAAGGCGCCUGUUCCCAUCGAUGAUCACUUCUGUGGCCUGGAUAUAAACCAGCCCCUGGGGGGUUCCCAGCUGGUGUCCGGUCAGACGGUGUACACUGAGAGCAGGGACAGGCUGACCUCUGUCACCUCCUACGUCUACAAUGGACACAGUGUGAUCUUCCUGGGGACCAGGAGUGGGCGGCUGAAGAAGAUCCGAGUGGACGGUCCUCUGGAGGGAGGGGUGCUGUACGAGACAGUGACCGUGAUGAAGGAUAGCAGCCCCAUCCUCCGGGACAUGGCCUUCUCCCUGGACAGGAACUCUCUCUAUGUCAUGUCUGACAAUCAGGUGGCUCAGGUCCCCGUGGAGGCUUGUGAGCAGUACGCUACAUGUGCUGAGUGUCUGAGCUCCGGUGACCCCCACUGCGGCUGGUGUGUCCUGUACAACAUGUGCUCGAGGAGGGAUCGUUGUCUGAGGGCGGAGGAGACUUUCCGUUUCGCCACCGACAUUGACCGCUGUGUGAAGGUUAUCGCUCACCCGGACAGCAUUGCUGUAUCAGCACAUAGUGUCCCUCUUCUGCUGGAGGUGAAUAAUGUUCCAGACCUUUCCGCUGGAAUCACCUGUUCGUUUGGCCAGCAGGCCCAAGUGGAUGGUCACGUCAAUGGGAACAGGGUGAUGUGUCUGUCUCCGGCUGGGAAAGAGGUCCCUCAGAUCCCAGAAGGACAAGACUGGGCUGGCGUAGAGCUGCGUCUGAACUCAAAGGAGACGGGUCAAAUGGUCGCCAGCACGGAGGUGAAGUUCUACAACUGCAGCACCCAUCAAACGUGUUUGUCCUGUGUAAACAGCACUUUCCGCUGCCACUGGUGUAAAUACCGCAACCUGUGCACCCACGACCCCAGCAGCUGUUCUUUCCAGGAGGGCAGAGUCAACGCCUCGGAGGAUUGCCCUCAGCUCCUGAACUCCAGGGAAAUUCUCCUGCCGGCCGGCGAGAUUCGACCCAUUACUCUGAAGGCCCGAAACCUUCCCCAGCCGCAGUCGGGCCAGCGGGGCUACGAGUGCGUGGUGCACGUGCAGGGUGUCAGUCACCGUGUCACGGCGCUGCGCUUCAACAGCACCAGCGUGCAGUGCCAGAACAGCUCGUACAUGUACGAGGGUGUGAAGAUCAGUGACCUGGCAGUGGACCUCUCCAUCGUAUGGAACGGCAAUUUCAUCAUCGACAAUCCCGAGAAGAUUAAAGUGCACCUUUACAAGUGCAGCGCCCAGCGGGACAGCUGUGGCAUGUGUCUGCGGGCGGAGAGGAAGUUCCAGUGCGGCUGGUGCAGCGGCGAGGGCAGAUGCACCAUGAAGCAGCACUGUCCUCCCAUCUCCCCCUACGCAAGCCGCUGGCUGGACCUUUCUGCCAGGAAUGUCAAAUGUACCAACCCACGCAUUACUGAGGUGAGCCCAGUGGCAGGACCUCUGGAGGGGGGCACACUGGUCACCAUCCAGGGCCUGAACCUGGGUCUGUCUUUCUCUGAGCUGGAGGGCAACGUGGAGGUGGCGGGUGUGCAGUGCACCCCGCAGGAGGAGGGAUACAUCACUGCAGAACAGAUCGUGUGUGAGAUGGCUGCGGCAGCUAAAGGAAGCGCUCCAGGUCCAGUUAAGCUGUGUGUUGGCGAGUGCAGACCAGAGCUACGCGCACAGUCCUCCCAGCUCUACUCCUUUGUGACCCCCUCGAUGCUGGCGCUGACCCCAGGCAGAGGACCUGAAUCUGGGGGCACAAAGGUCACCAUUGUCGGGGAGAACCUGGGCGCUGGCAGCACUGUCAAUGUGUUCUUCGGUAAUCAGACCUGUGAGCUGUACAGGAGGACCAUGUCGGAGAUUGUGUGCUCCUCUGCGCCGUCCGUGACCAAAGCUGGACCGGUGGAAGUGAGUUUGAGCGUCGACCGGGCCAAAGUUCCAGGGAGUCUGGCCUUUGAGUACAUAGAAGACCCCACAGUCCAGCGCAUUGAGCCCCUGUGGAGCAUCACCAGUGGACACACCACCCUGACAGUGACUGGAACCAACCUGGAUGUAGUUCAGGAGCCGCGUGUCAGAGUCAAAUACGCCGGCCAUGAAUCUGUCAAUGUGUGCAAAGUGCUGAACACCACCACCAUCAGCUGCUUCGCCCCCUCUCUGAAGGCGGAGUACACCGCAGACCAGGAGACGAUCAAACACGUGGACGAGUUUGGCUUCGUCUUCAACAACGUCCAAGCUCUGCUCACUUACAACAACACGAGCUUCGUCUACUACCCCAACCCGUACCUGGAGCCCCUCAGCCUGUCAGGUGUUCUGGAGCAGAAACCUGGAGCUCCGAUCAUACUCAAAGGACGUAACCUUGUGCCCUCUGCAUCUGGUGGAGCCCGGCUGAAUUACACGGUGCUGAUAGGAGAAACGCCCUGUUCUCUCACCGUGUCCGACACUCAGCUGCUCUGCGAGCCACCAAACCUCACCGGGCAGCACAAAGUCCUGGUCCAAGUUGGAGGACUCCACAUCUCUCCGGGAGAAGUUCAUAUCCGGUCCGACAGCCUGCUCACCCUCCCCGCUAUCUUCAGCAUCACAGCUGGAGGAGGGCUGCUCCUCAUCAUCGUCAUCAUCGUCCUGCUGGCCUACAGAAGGAAGUCGCAUGAGAACGACCUCACUCUGAAGCGCCUGCAGAUGCAAAUGGACAAUCUGGAGUCCCGAGUGGCUCUCGAGUGCAAGGAGGCCUUUGCAGAGCUGCAGACGGACAUCAACGAGUUAACGAGUGAUCUGGACAGAGCUGGCAUCCCCUACCUGGACUACCGCACUUACGCCAUGAGGGUUCUCUUCCCUGGCAUCGAUGAUCACCCCGUGCUCAGAGAGCUGGAGGUGCCGGGGAGCGGGCAGGCGAAUGUGGAGAAAGCCUUGAAGCAGUUUGCUCAGCUGGUGAAUAACAAGGUUUUCCUGCUGACAUUCAUCCGUACACUGGAGCUGCAGCGCUCCUUCUCCAUGCGUGACCGCGGCUACGUCGCCUCGCUCAUCAUGACCGCUCUGCAGGGACGGCUGGAGUACGCCACCGACAUCCUCAAACACCUGCUCUCAGACCUGAUAGAACGCAACCUGGAGAGCAAGAACCACCCCAAACUACUCCUACGCAGAACGGAGUCGGUGGCGGAGAAGAUGCUGACAAAUUGGUUUGCCUUCUUGCUGCACAAAUUUCUCAAGGAGUGUGCUGGCGAGCCUCUCUUCAUGCUGUUCUGUGCCAUCAAACAGCAAAUGGAGAAGGGACCCAUAGACUCCAUCACUGGAGAGGCACGCUAUUCCCUCAGUGAGGACAAGCUCAUCCGACAGCAGAUUGAGUACAAGACGCUGACGCUGAGCUGUGUGAACCCGGACAAUGAGAACAGCCCAGAAAUCCCUGUCAAGGUGCUCAACUGUGACACCAUUACCCAGGUAAAGGAGAAGAUCCUGGAUGCUGUGUACAAGAACAUGCCCUACUCACAGCGACCCCGGGCUGCAGACAUGGAUCUCGAGUGGCGGCAGGGCCGAACAGCUCGCGUGGUCCUGCAGGAUGAGGACAUCACCACCAAGAUAGAGAGCGACUGGAAGAGACUCAACACGCUCAUGCACUACCAGGUGUCUGAGCGCUGUGUGGUGGCCUUGGUGCCAAAACAGAUGUCUUCUUUCAAUAUUCCCUUCUCAGCCAGCUUCCCACGGAGUAUCAGCAGAUACGGUGUGGACGUUCCCUUCCGCUCCACGCCCACCAGCCCGGACAGCCCCCAUUCCCGUGUGCCCAUGCUGACCCCUGACCUGGAGAGUGGGGUCAAAGUUUGGCACCUAGUCAAAAACCACGACCACGGGGACCAGAAAGAGGGCGAGCGCGGCAGCAAGAUGGUGUCUGAGAUCUAUCUGACCAGACUACUAGCGACGAAGGGUACGCUGCAGAAGUUUGUAGACGACCUGUUCGAGACCCUGUUCAGCACUGUGUGUCGGGGCACCGCCCUGCCUCUAGCAAUCAAAUACAUGUUUGACUUCCUGGACGAGCAGGCCGACAGGCACGGCAUCCAUGACAUGGACGUCCGUCACACCUGGAAGAGCAACUGCUUGCCCCUGCGCUUCUGGGUAAAUGUGAUCAAGAAUCCCCAGUUUGUGUUUGACAUCCAUAAAAGCAGCAUCACGGACGCCUGUCUGUCUGUGGUGGCCCAAACCUUUAUGGACUCUUGCUCGACUUCUGAACACCGCCUGGGCAAAGACUCACCCUCCACCAAACUACUCUAUGCCAAGGACAUACCGCACUACAAAAGCUGGGUAGAAAGGUACUACGCUGACAUCAACCGCCUGCCUGCCAUCAGUGAUCAGGAUAUGAAUGCCUAUCUGGCUGAACAGGCCCGCCUUCACUCCAGUGAGUUCAACAUGCUCAGUGCCCUCCAUGAGAUCUACGCUUACGUCAGCAAGUACAGCCAAGAGAUCAUUGAAGCACUGGAGCAGGAUGAACAGGCCCAGAAGCAGAAGUUGGCAUAUAAAGUGGAGCAGAUCAUCUCAGCCAUGUCUAUAGAGAGCUGAGACACACAUACACCUACAUACGUGCACAAACACAUACAGCAUGCACACACUACAUGCACACACUGAAACAUACUACAAAAGAUGAGUUAUAAACCCAUCGGCAACACACACACACUAUAUAUGCACCACAGACACACACAGAUACUGAUAUACGCAGAGAAAGUGCAGACUUAAUGGACCUAUUGUAAAAACAAACACAAAGAAAUUUAUACACAUGCAGAAAUACACACAUACAUAUGUACAUACACAACCCCGCAGCACACAGAUCGUCCCAAAGCACGACUUUUGAAUCCAAUGUCAUCGUUUUUUCAGAAGAAACUCCAACAGGCAAACACCCAGCUUCUAAAAACACUCCUAUAGGGAGGGAGACAGAAAGAGGAUUUGGGCCAUCACGGCUGCUGAAUUUGCAGCCAGUUCUUUUCCGCUGGGUAAUGGUUUGUCUUUGUAGUGCGGGUGCUUAUACUAAACGUGUGUAUGUGUGUGUGUGUGUGUAUGUGUGUGUGGCAUGGCUGGAGCUCUGGAGAGAACAGCACUUAAUAAAGAACGACUCAACUUGAAAAGUCACCAGAGGAGCUCAACAAAGACAGGAGCCAAUUUAAUGGGACGGCACAUGUGGUGAGAAAAGACUCAAAGUACUUUUUAUAUGUCAAAGAUGAAGAACAUUUAUUCGCACUACAUAUCACAGGCUUGGAGUGACAUCGCCAUUCGGAGCAGAGAUGUGUAACUUUGUGUUGCUAAGCCUUUUCCUAUUGCCUUUUAAAGGCUUAAAAAAAGAACACUAAAGACUCUGGCAUCAUUACUUUCCAUUCCCCUACUUGAAGCUCCCCGUCCAAAGUUUUUUUUUUUUGUUUAAUGAAGAUUUUUUUUUGAAUGAAAACUGUGCCAGGGAUUGAACAGAAAACACAAAAUUUGGCACCGACAUGCUGAUGGUUCACCUCUUUAAUAAUACACUUCAAAGGCAUUCAAAUUUGAAAAAUAUGUGGAGAUAUUUCCAGACGCAAUCCCUGGCUUUUUGUGCCAAAUAUAAUAUGUCUCAUGUUUCAUUCAUGUUAAAUGCUCCUGUUAAAGCUAUUAAUAAUACAUGUCAUUGUACGGAAAAGAUCCCAUUUAAGAUAGGGAAUUUUGUACAGUGAUGAUCUAUAGGCCACCAAUUCAGCCAUUCAAAGAUAAGUGGAGACCAAAUUGAACUGUAGCAGAAAGCAUGAUUAAUGAUGCUAUAAGUCUGAUCGGGGAUCAGAUUAGCCAAACCCCCGGCCAACAGCGCCACCCCCCCCCACCCUCCCCCGCCUCAUCAGUCAUUGUUUACAUUUAGCGUGAUACUUGAAAUGCACCGAGUGUACGAGAUAUUAAGAACACCUGCUGCUCCUGUGAAGUAAUCUGGUCAGAUUAAGUUAGAUGAAGGCUUUGAUGCCUUAUUGAUUCUCCCCAAUAAAUCCACUUUGAACGUAACCUGGAUAUUAAAUGUAGGAAACAAGCUGCACAGAUUUCCCACUCUGGAGACAUCUGAGCUUUUGGUGCUGCAAAAUAGUCCGUACUGUUCAGUAGAAAGUAGGUGUUCCUGAUAUUUUGUCCACAGAGUGGAUGAUUAAUGAAACAUGUAUUGGAUCAGCAGCUGGUCCUUGUAAAGUUAACUCCUUAAACGUCUGCUUGUUGCUUCACGGCGCUAUCUUUGCUUUACAUCCCGACUGUUUUCCAUCUUUCAGCAUCAGAUUCAUUUCAUUUUGCGUUCAUAUGUACAUUUUACCGGACUGCUUGUUGUCUCCUUGCUGCUGUAUUUAUAGUGCCAUAUCUUAAACUUAAAAAUGAUUAUCAUGGUGAAAAAUUCAGUCUGAGACGUCGCAUUAAUUCAGGGUUUUAAGUUUUGAUUGUUUCACCCAUUGCAACGCUGAGAGAUUAACUUCUUUCUGUGUUUCAGAUGUUUUUUUUCUUUUAUCGCUCCAUAUAAAAGUCACACCAACAGGAGCGCUGCUCUCUUUACCAUUUCAGUAUCAGUGGGGUUAACUUACUCCCCACAGGACCUUUACUCAUGCUAACCUAGAAGAGCAAGAUAAAAUAAUAUAAAUAAUAAUAAUUACAUUUCCUGUUAAGUGUUGAAAUAUGACAGAUCUCAUCUGUUUCAUAUGUGGUUUGAUGAUAAUAAUUUAUAUAUGUGUUGUGCAAUAAACCGUCAGACGUUUAAACUGUAAUGUUUUUUAAACUAUUUAUUAUUGUAUAAAUAUUGUACAUAAAAAACACUCCUAUUUUGC